AUGACUUCCUUCAUCAAGAAGCUCCAGCUCCUGAAAAGAAAGAGCCUGGAUGGCGAGGAAACCAGUUUGGAGCAGAAAAGCGAUCCACGGGAAGGCCCCAGCCUCGCCCACCAACCCUCCAGUUCCCAAGACCCGGCCACCCGGAGGACAUCCCAGCUCCUGCCCCUUCUGAUCAAGCCGACUCCUUCAGCUCCCACCGAGGCCCGGAAGAAGCCGCCCCCACCGCCGCCCCUGGUCCUGCCUGAACUGGUGCAGCGCCAACCCAGCAAGGCCACCCCAGCGACUAGCAAGACGGAAGAGAGGCAGCCGCAGCCCCCUGAGACAGCCAAGGAGGCGACUACGUUGCCGAGGCUGCCCGUUAAGGCAACCAAAAGUACCAUCAGCCCCGUAGGGAGAAAGAGACUCCCAAAUACCUCGGGAGAAUCGACAACACCGGCAGAACUCGCUGAUGAGAACUUCCAAUAUAUCUGGGACAGCAAGAUCCUGCCCCGCGGGAGAAGCCUCCGAGACGCCGUGGAGAUGCUGGACGAGAAAGAUAUCCUCGACACCAUCCUGACUCACCUCCAGCAGAUGGUUCAGGCUUCCGCCGCGGAGCCUAAGAAUACCGUGAGGAAACGGAUGGGAUUGCCGACAGAGGCAGACUCCGACCACGUGGCAGUUGUGAGCCAAACGAAACUCCCCAGGACUUCUAGCAAGGAAAAGGGUGUUUCCGAAGCGAUCGGCCUGGCUGCCUUCUGCCAUCUGCGAGAGAUCCUCAUCGCGCUGAGGGAUUACGGGAACAUGAUGUACGCGAGGAGAUCAUUGCUCAUGGAGAAGACACCGGAGGAUCUGAAGAACCAGGCUGCAAUUCAGGUUCGCACCACCCUGAUCCUCUGCUACGGGCAUGCGGCCAUCGGGGCGAAGCCAGAAGACAUGCUGAUGCAAGCUGAAAUGAUCGUCUCGGAGAUUCUGUUACAGUUCCGGGGGGACCACAAGGAAGUGAUUGAGGAAGAGCCAUCGGGGUCAGUGUGCUUCACGAUCCUCCACCAAGCCAUGACUACUGUCUGCUGCCUGACUCUCCUGAAGCCCCCCCUGGACUACGACGUGAAGUCCGACCUGGUGCGCAAGAGCGUCAAGAAGGUGUUCUCUCUGCCCGCUCUGAAGAUGACCAAGCUGAAAGCCGGCAGCCCCACCCACCCGACGCAGACGCAGGACUUCUACCUGCAGACUAUCAACGCCUGCAACAACAUGCUCACCAGCUUGCUGUCCGAGACCCCCAAUAUGGAGGGGCUACAAGAAAUAUUGAUACAUACGAAUGGCUGGAUUGAAUCAGAGAAGACCUACGAGCGGGAAAGAGCUGUUAAGAGCACCAUCCACGUGCUGAAAUUUGUCUCCGAACACUUGGAUUUUGACGUAUCGCAGGAGUUUUCCUUGCUUGGCCAGCUGGUGGCGCUGCUGGCCCUGCGGACAGUGGACAGCGUGAAGGAGAUUGGCCAGCAGGCCGCAGAAGCCAUGUACCACCUCCACUACAUCACCAUGAGCAAAAUGGUUAAGGAGAUGGAGAAGAGGCACAAGAACAAGAAAGGGAAUGUCGUGAAAUGGUUGCGAGAAGAUUUCUUCAUUCCUGGCCCGGCCGUCUUUUACAACAACAUCUCUAAAGUGGCGAAGGCUUUCGGGGAGCACCUCACGACCGACCAGAUCACCGACCUGGUGCUCAAAGUCAUCCACAGUCUGGUGCACGAAGAAAAAGUCAUUUCCCAGGCUGCCGCAAUGUUGCUCAGCUCCUUCCUGGAGGAGUGUGGGAUGGAUCUGGAAAACCUGUCCAUGAUUGUCAAGGAAAUCUACAACCACCUCUCCACCAUCCGCGAUCCCGUCACCAAGGAGGAGACCAUGAAGGCCAUCUGCAACCUGGCUUGCAAGCGCCUCAACGGAGUCGUGGACUGCCUUCUGGAAAGCUCCGUGGAGUGUGACAACAAUGCCAUGGAGCUGUGGAAGGCCCUGGCCACCGACCCCUAUUCCAAUGCCAAGCUCGUGAGACCGCUGCUCAAACGGCUGCAGGAUGAAGACCCCCUCUCGGAAAACUGCAACAGGCGUAACAGCAAGUCCCUCAUGCCACUGGCGGCUCUGAAGAACCUCAUCACCUGCAUGGGCUACAUCAAGGAGUACAACAUUUUGGGGAUGCAAGGCAGCUGGGAGAAGCUGCAACAACCGGAUACAUACUUCGAAGGGGUUUUUCACCUCAUCAGGACGUUGUUCGCGUUCUCCAAAGUGCACCUCAAGAUGACGUUCAAGCAGGCCAACGCAUAUCUGCGCCAUCUCGAAAUCAAGGAGAGGACGGUCGGGAUGGCCUUCUUCACCGAGCUCCUGUUCCACGGAGAGAUCGGCCUGCUGUUUGUGAAGCAGGACAUCUUGGACGUCCUCCGGGAAUGGAUGAUGCAGCCCUGCCCCCUCAUGCAGGUCUUCAGCAUCCGAGGGCUGGGCCACCUGCUCCAGCACCCUCUGGAGGACGAGUCUCUGGAGUCCCUCCUCCCUCCGCUGAUGAGCUGCGCCUUCGAUGCGGACAGGAAUAUCGCAAAGGAGUCCAUCAAAACCCUGCAGUACAUGUUCCGGCACCUGGCCGUGGUGGAGUACGGGUCGAUGGGCAUCAGCCUUAUCCCUCACCUCCUGAAAUACUUCAACGAUGAAGACAACGACUUGCGAGGUGACUCCAUCGGCCUUUUCGGGACGCUGCUGAAAGGGGCGGCCGUUUCGGACAGCAACCGGCACAGUCUGAAGGAGGACGUCUUCCAGAGCCAAGUCCCCCUCUUGAUUCAGCUGGCAGAUCCGUUCACUAGAGAAGUCUCUAAGGACGUUCUCAACACCUGUACCAUCUUUAUGAAAUGGGCAGAUGUGCCCGCGGGUCUUUUUGCGAUUGAAAAUUAUGCCAACCUCAACGCCACCUAUUUCAACAUCUGCAAGUAUCUCCUGCGGAAGUCUAGACACAAGUUGCCGGAGAUGCUGGCCCAGACGGUACUGUACAUGAAGAGCAAGUACACUUCCUACCGAGAAGCCGCCGCCCUGUUGACAGGGAACUACGCUCCACACAUGACGGCCGACCUGGUGAGCACGAAAGAGGUUGAGGAUGUUUAUUUGGCUGUCCGAGAGCUGCAGGGUGACUGUGAAGCCGCCGUGUCCAACGCCGCUAUCGCCGCCAUCGAGCAACUGUUCCAGUACUGCGGGAACCGGAUCAGUCGGCACCUCAUUCCUCACCAGUUUAUGCCGCUCCUCAAAUCCAGCCUGGAAAAGGAGAAAGCAGAGGAGAGGAAGUGA